AUGACUGAAACGGUUCUUUGUGAACCAUCUGAACUUUACAACAUCCUGAAUCAAUAUAUGCGCUUCUCACGGCUGACAGAAACCAACUACCUUUGCCUCAUUGAUAUACGUGAAGAACACGAGUACAACGACGGUCACAUCAUUACUGCUCGGAAUGUUAAAUGGAGUUCUCAAGGGAAACAUGUCAUGCCGUUUGGUGUGGAAAUUGAAAGUAUGAGGUAUAUCGUCGUAUAUGACAGCGUUACCUGUUCCUUGCAAAAGACUGGACCAGUCACAGAAUGUGCGGACAGCUUGGCAAAAGCAAGCCGCUAUCCUGUUAAGAUUCUUGCGGGGGGUUAUGAGAAGUUCGCCGCAUUGUAUCCUUUCUUGAGGACAAUGAAAAGUGUCUACACCAUUAGGGAAUUAGAGAGUCUGAAGCCUUAUCCAGUGGAAAUCUUACCAAAACAGCUGUACAUGGGUGAUUAUAAGCAGGCCACCAAUCCCAACAUGCUCAGAGACCUUAAACUAAGUGCCUUGGUCAAUGUUUCAGAGGAAAGUGUUCUGACGUUUGAAAAAGGAAACUGCGCAGUGCUUGACAUACGAGUUGCAGAUUCUGUAAAGGCUGAUUUGUACACCUGUUUUGAGCAGGUAUGCAGCUUCACUGACUCUCAUCUCAGAAGUGGACGUGCUGUCCUGAUAUUCUCACGUCAUGGAAUAAGUCGCUGCAGCACACUGACAAUGGCAUUUCUCAUACAUCACCUGAAAUACUCACUCAAGGCAGCCUGGGAGCAUGUGCAGGAUUGCAAAACAAACAUGAGGCCAAACCGUGGAUUUGUCCAGCAGCUGUCUGACUGGGAAACACACGUGCUGGGGAGUAGAAUCACAGAUACUGCAGAGCCCAGCUACUGA